GUGGCCCCACCAAGACACACACAGAGAGGGGGGGAAAACGUGCUCGCUCUCCGUCUCCUCCCAAUGCGGCGUCUCGCUCUCCUCUUGCUGCCGCUGCUGCUCGCCGCCGGCGCCGCGGCGGCGGUGGAGGGGCCCGCGACCUCCACCCCCCCUCCUCCUCCGACUCCGCCGUCCCCGCACAAGAACGCGACGCUCGCCGAGCUCCUCCCGCUGUACGGCCUGCCCCCGGGCGUCUUCCCCUCGACCGUCACCGCCUUCUCGCUCGCCAACAACGGCAGCAUCUCCGUCGACCUCGCGGGGCCCUGCUACGUCCACUUCGAGUACCUCACCUACUUCGCGCCCCGCGUCACGGGGGUGCUUCGCUACGGCUCCCUCUCCGACCUCCAGGGCGUCCAGGUCCGCCGCUUCCUCAUCUGGCUCAACGUCAUCCGCAUCAAGGUCGACCUGCCCCCGCCGCCGCGCUACGUCUACCUCGACAUCGGGUGGAUCACGCGCAGGCUACCCGCCUCCGACUUCCAGUCCGUCCACUCCUGCGAGGAAUCCAACCGCUGCCGCCUCUCCUCCGCCCUCGCAGUCGCCGCCAAAUGGCUCCAGGACUUCUUUGCCCAAUUUUAGGGGAUGGGGGAAGUCCAGUAUCGCGUGAGUUUCUGCCUUCGACACCCUGAGAGGAUUGUUCGAGCUGUGAACAAGCUGGUACACUGCCGUUCGUCACGAUCUUUACAAGCAACUGAGCAAGAUGCUGUCGCAUUUGUACAUUUGUGGACAUUUGAUUGCCACGUUAUCUUUGUGGAUUUGUACCCGACACUUUCAUCAACUUUCUAGUGUUCCACACUUGAAAUUUGAGAACAGGUGGCAGAUAUGAAGUUGCCCGUUUCGUCA